UAUUUAACACAAAAAAUAAAAUAAUGUGCUUCUCCAAACAAAAUCACUUUAUUACUCUUUUAAUUAAUAAUUAGCUGUUAAGUAAACACACCAAUCAAAAGUUUUUGCUACAGAAAGUUCAAUUAACAUAUGCAGUAUGUACCAAUUAUACAAAGCUACGUAGCUCUCUCACUAAUUCUUGUUUAGUUAUAUUGUUUUUUAUUCUUUUUUUUCUCUCUGUUUUUUUUUUUUUUUUAUGAUCAUCGUGUGUGAAUUCUACUAAAGCCAUGCAUAUUUUGUCUACGUGUUAGGUGACCUGCCGACCCUAAUUACCUUGAGAAGGUCCUCUAUAUAAACCUCACUUAGUCCUCCGAUUAAUUCAUCAGCUCAUCAUCACAAAAUAAUAUUUUGCUAGCUAGUUAAUACACCACCUAUCUUAACUAACUAGUAUACUAUAAUAACAUGGCUUCUUCUUCUUUAUUUAUGACCCUAUUGAGUUUGGGUCUCCUCAUGCUCGUCAUGGGGAAUGCCAAUGCUCAACUUUCAACUAAUUUUUACUCAAAAACUUGCCCAAAACUCUUGCCCACAGUCAAAUCCAAGGUGCACUCCGCUAUUUCCAAAGAGAGCCGAAUGGGUGCCUCUCUCCUCCGCUUGUUCUUCCACGAUUGCUUUGUCAAUGGAUGUGAUGGAUCAGUGCUUCUGGAUGACACAUCUAACUUCGUGGGGGAGAAAACUGCUAAUGCUAAUCGAAACUCAGCUCGAGGUUUCGAUGUCGUUGACGAUAUCAAGUCUGCCGUGGAGAGUGUGUGUCCUGGUGUCGUUUCAUGUGCUGACAUAUUGGCUAUUACUGCAAGAGACUCUGUUACCAUUCUUGGGGGUCCAAAUUGGGAUGUAAAAUUGGGAAGAAGGGAUGCCAGAACUACUAGCAAAGCUGCCGCAAACAAUGGUAUUCCUCAGCCAAGCUCUAACUUAAACAGGCUCAGCUCUAGAUUCAGUGCUCUUGGCCUCUCCAACACUGACUUGGUUGCUCUAUCAGGAGCUCAUACAAUCGGACAAGCUAGAUGCACAUCGUUCAGGGCCCACAUAUACAACGAUAGCAACAUUGACAGUUCGUUUGCCCAAACAAGGAAAUCCAAGUGUCCUAAGUCGAGUGGGUCAGGAGAUAACAAUUUGGCACCACUUGAUAUCCAAAGCCCCACAGCUUUUGACAACGGUUACUUCAAAAACCUUAUCCAGAAGAAGGGACUACUCCACUCCGACCAAGAACUAUUCAACGGUGGAUCAACUGAUUCCACUGUCAAGUCUUACAGCAACGCCCAGAACACUUUCUUUUCUGACUUUGCCUCUGCCAUGGUCAAGAUGGGAGAUAUCAGCCCUCUCACUGGUUCCAAGGGAGAGAUUAGAAAGAAUUGCAGAAGAGCCAAUUAAUAAUUACAAAAUUAAUUGAUAUAUAUAUAUAUGAGCUUAUAAUUGAUGGCAUGUGUGCUCUAUAUUUUGUGUGUGUGUUUUUUUUUUUUUUUUGCUUUAAACCCAAUAAACUAUAUUAAUUAUGAUGUUUUUUUUUUGAAAAAAAGAACAUAUUUUCUUUCUUUCUGAAUUAUUAUUAAUUAUAUGUUUGUAGGUUCUGUAUUCACAAUUUCACAUAUGACACAUGACAUGUAGUGUGUGUAAUAUUGAUUUAUGAAGCUAUCAUCUUUUGUUAUA